CUUGGACCUGGUUUGGUUUGAGGGCCUGUCGUGCCUGUCCAAGUGGCUUGAAUGUUUUGUAUAUAGCAACUCGCGUUGCCCAGCUUUCUCAAAUAUGGGACGCUCUUUUACUGCCGAACUGACCUCUGCAUAGACCCUCUGCGCGACAACAAUAUUGCGUAUAUACUCGCAGCAUCCACGCUCCUUGAUCAACAAGCUCGUCACGGCUAUAAAGAUUCCCCGGAUUCUCUGACCCACGCUCCUUCGCUCCAACAGCACCCAGUCACUCGUUCAGACCGCCCGACAACCCUCGCCCAAAGCCUACCAAACCCCAGCACUUCCAAUCCAGUCCACCAUGAAGUCAUUCAUCGCCGCCACCCUCUUCGCCGCGUCUGCCUUGGCCAUUGCUCCUUCCGGGGCUGACUAUCAGACGGGCGACUGGGGCUUCACCUACACCUUGCCAGAUGGCGAGACCUCCGUCGCCAGUGCUGGGGGUCCUGCCACCGCGACAGCCUCGUUCCCUGCGGCUCUGACCCAGAGUGCCAGCGGCGGCGACAAAGUCUGGACCAGCUAUACCAGCUACACCGCCACCUACUCGUCAGGUAACUCAACUUGGGGUGUUCCCACCACGGUGUCCUACUCCGUCGGCGAAGGCUGGACCAGCAUGAUCCCCGCCGCUCCUAAGACCAGCAGUGCCAGCAGCGUCACCCCGGCCUCGACCGAGGGUGCAAAGUCAACUCUCGCUCCUACCACCACUGUCAAGCCGUCCACCCAUGCUGCUUCCAGCACUUCACCUACCGCAUCUGCCUUUACUGGAGCUGCAAACACCAACGGAAAGAUGGCUGGCGUUGGAGCCAUGGCCAUGGCUGGAUUGGCUCUCGUCCUGUAAAUGCCCGCAGUCAACAUCUCUGGAGGUUAUAUCUUGGGAUGUUGAAGUUGGACGUUGGGAAACAAGGCCAAAGAUCAUGGUUGAUAUAGGUUCACUGUUACUGGAACCCAUGCCAUACCAUUCUCCACCCAAACAUCUCUCUGGUGAAUCUCACCCCUCUUGACAUGUCACGCAUCUUCAUGCCCAGUCAAUAGAUACUUUCACGUGUCAAAUUAAUAUCUUCUUUCUCUCUCA